UGAACAGUAAUUCAAGUUAUUCGGUUGGCCUAGUUAAAGAUUUUUACUAAAGAGCUUGAAGAUUAACUCAAGCCUUGAUUUUUUUCUCGCACAGGAAAACUUUUUAUUGUUUAAUUUGAAUUUGAGGAGGAUGACCUGAUAUGCCAACAAAUGAAGAGCAAGCUCGGUAAAGUUCGCAGCUUUCUCCGGGAAUGGGACCGUGGGGACAGGACGGUCCGCGGCCGCAUGUUGAACACCUUUCUGAUUCAGAACACAGGGAAGACAUUUUAUGAGUUGGAGCUGGAGUUUGCUCAGGUCGCUAGCCUGUUCUUGGCUCGAGUCACCACAUGGAUGAGACUCACAUACAUGUUUGGGACAUUCUUGGGACUGCAACUGAAUGCAAUUGGGAUUUUUCUUUCUGCAUCAAGCCAUGAUCAGUACCUGAUGGAGUUCCUUGAGGAUGGAGGUGUUCUCACUCUGCUGGAGAUCUUAAGCCACCCUAAAAGUAAAGAGGAGGAGAAGGCAGAGGCCCUCCGUCUCCUGCACACAGUUUCAAAUGCUGGUCGAAAGUACAAAGAGUUCAUCUGUGAGAGCAAUGGUGUGAAAGCCAUAGCAGAGUUCUUGGCUACGUCAAACACAGACAAAACCCAAGAGACAGCUCGGGCCCUCCUGGAGACCCUGUCCCAUGGAAACCCUAAAUAUCAAAUCCAGAUCUACAAAAGUCUGAUUGCUCUCAUGACCUGUUCCUCCCCAAAGGUCCAGCAGCUGGUCAUAUGCACCUUACGCACUGUGCAGUUCAAAAUGAAUACAGCCCAUCACAGCAUUAUAGAGCCUCUGCUGAAUAUGCUCAGGUCCCUGCACGUUGAGGUUCAAGAUGAAGCUACAAAUCUGAUCUUACUCCUGACGUCUUAUGAUGUGAGGCCCGUGCUGCUCAGUGGACUGGUUUCUUUGCUGAGGCCUACUAAGGAAGAAUUACAGAAGCACCAGCUGAAUACAGAGGUCCCAUCUGAGCCUGAGAUAAUCAAGAGGACUGGAUCUCUACCUGUUUUUGUGCAACAAGCUGCUGCAGCUAAAACUAUACGCUUGCUGGCCGAGGACAGUCCAGACGUUUCUCGAGAGCUUCUCUCUCUUGGAGUGAUCCAACAUCUUCUUCACACUCUGGGAAACAGAGAGCACACCGAUGCCCAGAUACAAGCCAGUAUGGCCUUGGAGCACUUUGUCCGAGAAUACCCCGUCAUAGAGGAACAAGUCCAGAGAGUCAUGGGUUGUACAUUGUUUGAAGCCUUUAUGCAUAAAGCUGAAACUUUGUACAUGAAUAAGGAUGAAACACAAGCAGAAUCUCUGCUUACUAACAACCUAAACAUAAGUGAUGGUAAAGGUUGUAAUUUGUUCUCUUCAUGCUGUUCAAAUGUUCUCUCUGAUUGGAUGAGCAGCGACUCUCGUCCUCAACGUGGCGGGAGCGAGAUUCGCUUAGUUUGUAAUGUGGUUAUGAGCAAGUUACGUUCAGUGAUGCACAAAGGAAAGAGAGUCGGGCUGGAGAUGGUAAAAAAAGGAACAGCAAAGCGGAAAAAGUCAGAGACAGCUGUGAAAGAAGAAGACACCAAAAAUGACUCUGCACUGUCAACAUACCACACUUUCCCUGAUCCUGCUGAUGUUGUGCUGCUGCGCUCUCACCUCCUCAACUGGUAUGACAAGGAGAAAAGAGAGCUGCCAUGGAGGACUCUGGCUGUGACAGAGUCAAACCUCAACAUCAGGACUUACGCAGUGUGGGUGUCAGAAGUCAUGCUGCAACAGACCCAGGUUGCCACAGUAAUAGACUACUACAACAAAUGGAUGAAGCGGUGGCCCACUGUGCAGGAUCUUGCAGCUGCAACACUAGAGGAAGUGAACCAGAUGUGGGCGGGUCUUGGCUACUAUUCUAGAGGAAAACGACUGCAUGAAGGAUCUCAGAAGGUGGUGUCGGAGCUGAAAGGACAGAUGCCUCACACAGUUGACAGUCUGCUGAAACAGCUGCCUGGAGUGGGACGCUACACCGCUGCAGCUAUCGGCUCCAUCUCCCUGGGCCAGGUUACUGGAGCUGUGGAUGGAAAUGUGAUUCGGGUGCUGUGUCGCCUGAGGGCAAUCGGAGCUGACAGCACAAGUCCUCCAGUAACAGAAGCUCUCUGGAGUCUAGUUAACAAGCUGGUUGAUCCUGAGAGACCUGGAGACUUUAACCAAGCUAUGAUGGAGCUGGGAGCUCGAGUCUGCACGCCUAAAGGACCACUAUGCAGCCAGUGUCCCGUACAGACUCACUGCCGCUCCUACAGCAAGGUUCAUGCCAAACAAGAGAAAAAGUCCCAGAAGCUGUUGGGGAAGCUGGACAGAAAACCAUCCACCCUGCCUGACAUAGAAGAGUGUGUAAACAGCGGGACAUGUCCACUGUGUCCCUCUGAGCCCUGGGAUGACAAGUUGGGUGUUCAGAACUUCCCCAGGAAGCCGGCGAAGAAGCCUCCUCGUGUGGAGCGGACACUGACCUGUGUGGUGAUCAGAACGGGGGAGGAUGGGGAGGACGAGUACCUGCUCACACAGAGACCAAACAAAGGUUUGCUUGCAGGCUUGUGGGAGUUUCCGAGUCUUCUGUUGGAAGAGAAAAAAUCUGAGGUGAAACACAAGAGGGCGCUGUGUGCAGAGAUCAGCACCUUAGUGGGGAUCAACCUGACUGAAAGUAACUUCAAGUGUGUGGGAGAGGUUGUUCACAUCUUCUCUCACAUUCACCAGACAUAUGUGGUUCACAGUCUGAGUUUGAAGGACUGCGACACACAAACACCAACUGAAAAUGCACAGUGGCUUACCAAAUCAGCUCUGCAGGAAGCUGCUGUGUCCACCGGAGUAAAAAAGAUUGUGAAGCUUUGUGAUUCUGUAGACAGUCAAAAAGAACAAACAUUAAAGGAUGGAAAAAGGAAAAAACAAGCCAACAUGAAGAAUGAAAAGAAACAUCAAACCACAAAAAAAACCAAACUGGGUGCAGCUAACAUGAGCAGCAGACAGCUCUCCCUCAGCUCCUUCUUUAAGACGGUUAAAGACGAAUCUGAUUGAUGUGUGAGAGUCCGUCUCUGUGCAUUUUUAUCUUUCUUUUUGUCUCUCUGUUGCUUCUAUUAUUUUCCUGUUUUGUACUUGUGACCUAAUACCUUAUAUGAUCAUGUUUCUCAAUGUAUUUUAACAUAUAGUUACUUUUUUCUUUUUUUGUGUCAGCUGUGUGUGUGUGUGUUUUUAAACUGUUUGAAAAUCAUAAUAUCUUAUCCAAAUAAAAAUGUACUGUACAAAAUAAAUAAUAUCACUUUGCUUUA